ACGUCAGAUGGUAGUUGCAAUGCAGAGUUCCUUACUGCGAUUUAAAUGAUCAAUUAAAAAGUAGUGGAGUAAAGUGAAUAAUAUUAUUCAUAAUAAGUACGCAGAAACUUCGUAAAGAUGUUUCUUACUUCGAGAUCGAUUCGUACUAUUUAUAACUGUAAAAAUCUUAGAGGGCUGCAAACAUCAGCCAGUCGCACAUCAGAUCAGUUAUUCGUUCAUCGAGACAGUGAAGUGGAUAAUCCAAAAAUACCCUUUGAAUUCAAUGAAGCUAAUAAAAAACGUAUUGAAGCCCUUUUGAAAAUUUAUCCCGAAGGGCAUAAACGUGGUGCAAUGAUACCUCUGUUAGAUCUAGCUCAACGUCAACAUGGAUGGCUACCUAUUUCUGCUAUGCAUAAAGUAGCAGAAAUACUAAAUGUACCACACAUGAGGGUGUAUGAAGUAGCUACUUUUUAUACAAUGUUUAACAGAAGGCCAAUGGGAAAAUAUCAUGUACAAAUUUGUACAUGUACUCCUUGUUGGUUAAGAGAUUCUGAUUCCAUUGUAGAUGCUGUGACAAAAGCUACAAAUUGUAAAAUUGGAGAAAUGUCUGAGGAUAAAUUAUUUACAGUUUCUGAGGUAGAAUGUCUUGGUGCCUGUGCCAAUGCACCAAUGUUUCAAGUCAAUGAUGACUAUUAUGAAGAUUUGACACCUGAAAGUGCUACUGCUAUAAUAAAUGCAUUAAAGAAAGGAGAAAGGCCACCUCCUGGACCACAAAAUUCACCUAGGUUUGCAGCAGAUCCCUCAGGAGGUUUAACAUCAUUAACAAGUCCUCCACCAGGACCUGGGUUUGGUGUUAGAUCUGACCUGUAAUAUUUUGUAUAUAAAUAGUAAAUUGUACAAUCUGUGAAUGAUCUAAUAAUAAUUAAAUAUUUAAAUAGA